CUGCAGCACACUACACUCUGCCAUCAUGUUUCUUUACCAAAUACUCAACUUGUUCUUUGUAGCUUUGAAAAAAGAGGACGACUCCAAAUAUGAUCUGUCCCUCUACAAGCGUGGUGAUUUAUUAGAAGUCCCCAGGACCUUGUUCACACAUUUUGGUAUCUACUUGGGAGACAAUCGUGUGGCUCAUCUCAUCCCGGACAUCCUUCCUGUGAUUACUAAGAAUAAAUCUAAAAUUGCCAAGAUGGUAACAAAUAACCGCCUGCUGCUGGGGGUUAUCACCAAGGUUGCCAGCGUCAGAGUGGACUCUUUGGCAGAUUUUGCGUAUGGCUCAGAGAUUCUGAUCAACCACAUGGACAAGGUGUGCAGCCAGCCUCCUUUGGACGGGGACGAGGUGGCCAGACGGGCUGAGAAACUCUUGGGCUCUGUCACCUACAGCUUACUGUGGUACAACUGUGAACACUAUGUCAUGUACUGCAGAUAUGGAAUGGCCAUCAGCUACCAGACGUACCAGUUCUGCACAACUGUACGGAAGAUUGUUUUCAGCAGGAUGAAUGCCUAUUUGACUGCACUGUGUGGUGUAGGAACCAUGCUGUAUCUGGGCUGUGUGACAUCCCUGACAGUUUUACUGACCGUGCUCAUCUCAUUCACCAUCUGGAUGGCAGCCUAAUGGACUCUGUUAAGACGGCUCAUGAGAAAGACCAAUUUAACCCUGGUGGACGCUGAAUCGAAGUCUUGUGGUUUAGCUGUGUGGCUGAAGGCAUUGUCAAACAAAGGUGUUCACUUUAAUAAAAAUGUCAAUAUUUUACGUUUUAUCUUCUUUAAGCAAUAGCAGCUUUAAAAAAAAUGAAUUAACUUCUGUUCUAUUUGCCUUGAUAGUUUGCGGCCGUGAUGCUUCUGAUCUUUUUUUCCUCAUUUACCAGUAGCAUAGAUUUUAAAUGGACUUUGACUGAGCACAGUGGAAAACUCCAGAAGACUGAGAUAAAGCUCAACAGAGAUACUGUAUCUGGAAAGGAGACUCUGCCCUGUGUAUAAAUGUGAUGGUGUGUGUGUAGACUGGUGUUGUCGUGAAUGCUUUCCAUGUUGUCAGUUUCCUACACUUAUAACAUGUUCUAGCUAAAAGGUUGGCUUGGACAAAAUGCAGUAAGUUUCUUCUUCAUGGAAUACAGUAUCAUUUUGAUCAGUUCUAAUUACAAUGGUCAUACGUGUUUGUCAGUCCAUUAAACGUGUAUUUCUACCUGC